UGGGAGCAGGCGCCGACUUGACAGGGACGAACCCCCCAAAACGCGACUGACCUCUGAACCUGAGACAGACAGCGAGCACGGUGUCAUGGAUGCCAUAAAUCCAUCUCCUCUGCGACGUUUCGUCAUUGCAAAACAUUCGAUCACCUCCAUCUUUGACCAGCUGCUGGACUUUGUGAAGGAUGGCUCCGCCUUUGUGGAUGAGGCAUGGCGCAGCGAGGACCUGGGUCCGGUGGCCGUGGAGGAGCAGAGUCUGGAGAUGCAGAGCUGUGCCAUCAAGCUGACGACCAUCAGAGACGUCCUUCUUAGGAGACACAUGAAGGUGGCGUUUUUCGGCAGGACGAGUAACGGGAAGAGUACAGUGAUCAACGCCAUGCUGAAAGACCGAGUGCUGCCCAGCGGCAUCGGUCACACCACCAACUGUUUCCUGAGUGUCGAAGGGACCGACGAAGACGAGGCUUACCUCAUCACCGAGGCGUCCACCGAGAGGAGGAGCGUGACUACGGUGAACCAGCUGGCUCAUGCUCUCCACAUGGAUCCCACUCUGGACUCGGGUACAUUGGUCAAAGUCUUCUGGCCUAAAAGUCACUGCGCUCUGCUGAGAGACGACCUGGUGCUCAUGGACAGCCCUGGGACCGACGUCACCCUGGAGUUGGACAGCUGGAUCGAUAAGUUCUGUUUGGACGCAGACGUCUUUGUUCUGGUGGGAAACGCAGAGUCCACUCUGAUGAACACGGAAAAACUUUUCUUUCACAAAGUGAGUGAAAAAAUCUCCAAACCGAACAUCUUCAUUCUCCACAACAGAUGGGACGCUUCAGUGACCGAACCGGACUACAUCGAAGAGGUGAGGAAGCAGCACCUCGACCGCUGCGUGGGGUUCCUCGCCGACGAGCUGAAGGUGGUCGGCCUGGACGAUGCCGCGGGGCGGAUCUUCUUCGUCUCAGCUAAAGAGGUUCUGAGCGCUAGGACGCAGCGAGCGCAGGGCAUGCCUGAGACAGGGGGCGCUCUGGCUGAGGGUUUCCACGAGAGGCUGAGAGAGUUCCAGAGGUUUGAGAGGACGUUUGAGGAGUUCAUCUCUCAGUCUGCGGUGAAGACCAAGUUUGAGCAGCACACGGUGAGAGCGUGGCAGAUCACAGAGGCCAUCAAAGGUGUGAUGGACGCCAUCAACAUCGCCUCUGCCGACAGGAAGAUCUGCUGCCUGGAGGAGCGGGAGGACCUGAGAGACCGGCUGGACUUUGUUCGAGGGCAGAUUAACCGUCUGAGCGCCAGCGUCAAAGAGAGGAUCAGGACUCUGAGCGAUGAUGUCACAGCUAAGGUGUCCUCGGCGCUGACGGAUCAGAUCCGCUCACUUCCUGUUCUGGUGGACGACUUCAGAGCCGACUUCAGCCCCACGCAGGAAACUCUGCUGCUCUACAAAACUAAGCUGCUGCAGCACGUGGAGGAGCGGCUCAUCGGCGGUUUGGAUCACCGCUGCUCUGUCGGCGUCCUCAGAGACAUCAGAGACGCCCAAAGUCACAUGAUCGACGCUGUCCGUCCUCUGCUGUCUCCGGCUCUGCAGGAGCAGCUCUCCACUCCCUCCGCCUCCUUCGAGAUAACCUACGACCUCGGCCUAGCCGCCCUCUGCGCAGACUUUGAGGAGAACAUCGACUUUCAGUUUUCUCUGGGCUGGACCGCCCUCGUCACACGCUUCAUCGGUGCCUCAAACGCCAAACGAGCGCUGAGUGGCGCUGACUGCGCGCAUAAGGAACGCUCCACCUUUAGGGAUGAAAUGGUGGUUUCCAUAGCAACGGGUCUGGUCUCUGUCACAUCCAGGGCGUCCAUGACGGUGCUGGUGAUCGGCGGAGUGGUGUGGCGUUCAGUGGGCUGGCGUCUCAUCGCCCUCUCUGUCUCUCUGUAUGGUCUCCUCUACCUGUAUGAGAAACUCACCUGGACUGACGCCAGCAGGGAGCGCGCUCUGAAGCAGCAGUUUGUCGAGCACGCCGCUCAGCGCCUGAGAGCUGUCGUCCCUGUUGCCAGCAACGCCUGCAGCCAUCAGGUGUGCAAGGAGCUGUUGUCCACCUUCAGCCGUCUGACUCAGAGGGUGGAGCUGAGUGACGCCGAGCUGGAGGGAAACAUCCGUCAGCUGAGCUUCAGGAUCCAGAGACUGGAGACCAUCCAGAGGCGUUCCAAGGCCUUCAGGAACAGAGCCACUGAGCUGGAGACUCAGCUGGAGGUCUUUUCGGUUCAGUACCUGCAGGAAAACUAAAGAAGAAGAACUGCUGCUGCUGCGGUGGAUGCUCCUGACCAAUCAGGAGCUGGUGGAGAGUGCUGAGGUAUCGCUCAUCGCCCAGCGUUAACAUCGACAGCCGCAUAAAUCCCAGACAGCUCCCCACCUUCGUCAUUAACCAACACAAACCAACAGGAGGAGCAGCAGGAGACCCCGACCCUGAGUUGACGCUUUAGAAUCAAAGGUCAAAGUUCAGCUGUAGGCUUGUACAGUCUGCCCUUCAUGAGCAGCUGAUGAGAACACGUUCCUGACUCUGAUCUUUGGCUCCACCUUCAGACAGUUUGGGUCUCCUGAGUGAGUGGGUGCUCCGCCUUCGCUGCGACCACAAACAGCUGAGCAGAGUUAAGUGGUAAAUGGACUGAUUCUGAGCGCUUUUCUACUCUCGCGGAGCGCUCAAAGCGCUCUGUACAACCCAUCCUCACAAGCACUUUCUCUAUACAUAGAGAUUAGGGUUGCAAAGGGGCGGAAAAUUUCCGGUAAAUUUCAGAAAAGUUUCUGGUAAAUUUCCAUGGUAAGUUAAGCUUGGGAAUUUUGGAAAUAUUCCAUAUUGGAAACUUUCCAUGGAAAUAAUGGGAAUUAUGGAAAUUAAUGGGAAUUUAGGAGAACUAACUGGGAAUAUAUUAUUUCCAAGCAUAAAUAUAAACAGAAAUCAUAAGAAAACCUCCAUGCAAAAUGUUUUCAACAGAUAUUUCAACAGAUUUAUUUGUAAGUACAGUAGAAUAGAACACGUUUCAAUAACUUGUUUCAUGGAUGAAUAAAAACAGAAAUGUUGAGUUCAAUAUUACCAUCCCCUAACCCCGCUCAUUCAAAAAUGCCCCCUGUCCAAAAAUCUCCACAAAGUCCCAUUCAAAAGGUUAAAUGAAAAAUGCCACUUAUCCUCCAAAAUGUCCCAUUAAACAUGCAAAUCUUCCUUCAAGCAAUCCUCUUUUCUCAUUUUUGCUCAGUCAAUAGACUCUUCCUGGACCUCAUCAUCAUCCAACAACAUGUCCACUUCCUCAGCAUCCAACUCUGAUUCUUCCUCUUCAGUGUCACUUUCCAGCCUUGUUGGGGAUGGCUCUGUGUCAGGCUCAAAGAGCCAUAGGUUUGCCGACCAGCUUUUCCACUCUCACAUUUGUGAGCCCGUUGCGAACCUUUGUGUGGGUGUUCCCAAACAGUGACCAGUUGCGCUCGGAGGCGGCUGAUGAUGAUGGUGGGAUUUGGAGGAGGAUGGAGGCUACAGGUGCAAGGGCCUCAGAAUAUCGCAUUUAAUCUGUUAUUAGACUCAAUUGGCUUCUCUCAAAAUGUAAAAGAACCCACCCACCACUUUAAUCACACUCUAGAUCUUGUUUUAACAUAUGGCAUAGAAACUGAACAUUUAACAGUG